AUGUCGUCCCUCCGCACUAGCAUUGAAAUCGCCGCACCGCCCGAGCAAGUGCGGUUGAAAUUCCUCGACUUCGCCACCCUAUCUUCCUACCACAGCAGCUGUUUCCAGUCGCUAAGCGCAUCGAAGCCAGGCGCCGAGCUGAAGAAGGGGGAUACGGUGAGGGUGGUGAUGGCGAACGGGACGGCGUUCGCGGGGGUCGUGGAGGAAAACACACCCCAGAAGUUCUCCUGGACCGGCACCAUCCCCUUCCUCUUCACCGGAACCCACAGCUUCCAUUUCGCACCCUCCUCCGCCUCUGCGCAGCACGCGCCGUCCACGACGUUCACGCAGGAGGAGACGUUCAGCGGCGCCCUGGGCUGGCUGCUGAUGGGUGAUGGGCUGCUGGGGAAGGGGGUCGGGGUGAAGCUGAAGACGCGCAGGGCGUGGGAGCGGUUUGAUAGGGAUUUGAAGAGCGUGUGUGAGAGCGAGGUUGGGGGUGGGGUGGGGAAGUGA